AUGACCACAGCAGCCCCCCUUUUCCUCGUCCUUGCCUUGUUGGCUGCCCUGGCUGCCUACGCCGUGCUGGCCCAGAGCACUGGGGAGGACUGUCGCGGUGAGUACGGCGACGGGACAACAGUGUAUGACCUCACCCCUCUGGCGGCCCUCCUCGGCUCCCAGGAGGUCAUCACCACCGACCCCGAUGGCCAGGUCUACUACAAGGCGCAAGCCAAUCCCUCGAUGCUACCUGGGCCACCCUACCAGCCCGCCUCGGCCGGCUUCUCCCUCUACUUCCAGGGCGGCGAAGAAGGCAGCUACAGCCAAAUCAGCCAGUUCUCGUGGGUUGGUAAAGACACUGAGUACAACCAGUACAACUUUCAAUAUGUCACCAAAUAUGCGUGCCAGCCCACACCCACGCCCUCGCACACGCCCUCGCCGAUGCCUGGCAAGGACAACGUAUGCUGCCUCUACUACUACGCCAAAGACCCCAGCAUGACCAAGACCCUGUGCUCAUUGGCCUGCCCAUUGUUCCCUGGCUACUUUUAUGUUUCCAACUGGACUGUGACCUCUUGUGGUGAUUGCUUCUUCCACAAGAAGUAG